AUGGCCGCUCGUCAAUCAACGCCUGCCUCCGAGCAUUCGCACUCGGGCGAUGGAGUGCGCAAGCGUGUAUGCAAGGCAUGCGAUCGGUGUCGAUUAAAGAAAUCCAAGUGCGAUGGCUCUAGCCCGUGUUCACGCUGUCGUGCGGACAAUGCGAUCUGUGUAUUUGGCGAGCGCAAGAAGGCUCACGAUAAGGUCUACCCUAAAGGAUAUGUCGAGAUGCUCGAGCAACAACAAGUAUGGCUCGUCAACGGCCUCCAAGAAUUAUAUCGACGAUCGCUCGAAGGCGAGGGCUGGCCGGGCGAGGCCCUGAAGGGCGAGCGCUUCGAAGAGAACCCCGAGGCCAUGCAACAAGAUCUCUGGCGCCACGGCAUGCAACGGCAGGAAUCAUCAGAUAGCAGCUCCGAGCCACAUUCGCCCGCACGCACUCGUUUCUCGGACGCCUUUUCCCAGCAGAACCUGCCGCCUACGCCCCCCGCAUACCAUAGUAGCCCUCCGGCCCCGAUUAAGCUUGAGCCCGAGCCCAUGAUGGCCAAUCCGCAAUACGCGCCCGCCAUGCAGGGAGUGGUCAACCCCCUGGCUCUCCAAGGGGGCCAGUGGUCGUCGGGAUUCGGCCCCUUUGACGAGAUAGAAAUGAUGCCUAGCGCCGACUACGCCAACCUUGCAUUCGACGACCAGAUCACAUCGCCGAUGUUUAGCCGGCAAAUGCCCAUGGGUUGCAUCUCAUCGAAUGAGUACGAGGACUUCAACCAGUUCCUCAACCCCAACCCCACGGAGAUCACUUCGGUUUAA